UGGUAAACUACUUUUAGCCGUAAAUAAGUUGCCGUAAAUAAGGAUCCGCAGAAUACAUCAAAUAAUGAUUGGAUAAUAUAUUAAGCGAAUGGGAAAUGAGCUCGAAAGAUGGCGCCAACAUACGGCAUCAGUAAAACGGUCUUUGAGAAAUUCACUAAGUACGACCGGGCGUAGCUCAGGAUUGGGAAGAUGGCGGAAAUGGUUCUAGGUUUCUAGAAGGUCUACCAAGAUCUCUAGAAAACCUUCAGGUUUCUAUGUGUUUCUAAGUUGGAUUUAGCCUUAAAUAUUGGAUAAGCGUGGUAUCCUGUAUCUAAGGAUUCCUGAGAGAUUUCUAGACGGUUUUCGGAAAACGUUUGGGUUUCUUGGUUGGUUUUUGGUCUGAAAUCACAAAAACGCCAUGAGCUGCCAGUUUUAACGUGGAAAUGAUAUGUUUGGCAGAGAGAAAUUUCUAUCGCAUCCAUCAUUGUUACUAAUUUCCCUAUGGUUCAAGUUUUAAAAGCGGUUGACACAGCACUGGAGAGUGUUAACAUUCUUCGUCUAUUCACUUAGUUCAAAACUUUUUCGAAUGGAACUGAAACGUUUUAGCGAACAAAAGUUUCAACACGGUCAUAUACGAUGGACUGUCCAAGAACAACAUCAGCAACAAACAGAGACAAGGAUGAGAACACGUCAAAACUUUCUGAAAUACAACAGAACACAACUUUCUGUCAGUCUAUAACAACGUGCUGUCGUUCUUCGGGAUGUUUAAUAUUGUUUUAAUAAUCUUAUUAUUAUUAGAUUUCGGAAUUAAAUAAAUGUAUAGGAAAUAAUUAACGUGAUUUCCAGGAGAUUUAUAGGAAAACCAAGAUCUCGAAUAUAAUGUUUUUGCUAAUUUAAGGAAGUCACUUUGUAAGAAACAUUAUUGAUGUUCCGAAAUUUAUUCCAGUUUAUUUUUGCCUGUCAAGAAGACAAGUAAGAGAAGAAAUGUUCAAGGUUAGUGAGAAAUAUGUUUUGCGUUUCUCAUGUUAAAAUGUAGAGGAUAAAUAAAAUAAAUAGGAAUGUAAAUAAAUAAAUAUAUUAAACUGGAAUGUGCAUAAUAUAUAAUUUAACUUAUGUAACUGUUAUUCUGUAUCAGUAGGACGAAAAUACCGAAGAAAAGAGCGGUAUGUUUCUGUAAGAUAAUAUAUAAGAAAAAACUUGACUCGUGCUUAACUGUACUAUUUUUAACUAUAUAUUAACCGUAAAUCCGAGAAAAACAGGAUUAAAGGAUUUGAAAAACGUGUUCAAAUUAUCUUCAGAAGGAGCAAUGCCAUAUUCUUUCAGGAAUAGGAGAGGAGCUAAACGACAAGCUGGUAAGAGUUAAAAAAAUUUUAAAAAUAUUGAAAUUUCUUUAGGUUUGUAAAAAAGUAUAACAUUCUUCUAUUAAUAAAUCAUGGACGUGAACUACAAGUGUACUAAAUAUUUUCAACUAUUUACUCUUAGAAGAAAGUCUUGAGUCUUUUCCCUGCGAGGAAGAAGAAGUAUUUUAGGCUCAAAGAAUGCAUUUAUCUAUGUGCUAAAGUUUGAUAUUUUGUGAUCCAAACACUUCGCUUAUUCACAUUAAGGAGCAACAGCACCAGCAUUAUGGCAAACUCAAUCAGUGACUGUCUUAACACCUCCAGUAUUUGUAACAGUUCCGUCCCCAACAAAUACACAAGUCAGUUUAAGCAAUAUAACGUCAGAAUCGAUUCAUUGCGCAAGUAAAAAUGUAAACGUACGAGAAUUAGUAACGGCUAGAGACCAACAAUCGAUAACUUCGACAUCAAAUACAACAACAGUUGUAUCAGGCUUCUCAAGCGGUCGAAUUGAUAAUUUUACAUAUCCACAUGAUGUGAAUAGUCCUACCUUAGACUAUGUUAAUUCAAAUAAUAUUGAAUCAGAUGAAAGAGCAUCAGAUGUUUGCCUUCAUACAAACUGGAUGAAUGCACUAAGCACAAGUCUAAGUAGCGUUGAACAUCAGCAGGAUCCUAUUUUACAAAAGGAAACAGAUAGUUUAUCCGAAGUUCAUCGUUUUCUCUCUAAACCAAAGACAGUUUUAACUGCAAAGCAAAUGCCAUCGGCUGGACAACAAGAUUAUUCGAUACGAAUAGUGCCAUCACAAUUCUCAGGUCCACUUGUGAAACCUCCAGCAAUGAUAAAAACAACAAGUUUUCAACAGAAAAGUGUACCACCAUCAUCCUGUAUUAUCCUUCAAUGUACAAAUUCAGACACGUUGCAAUCGCAAGCGUUUACAACAAAAGUGGAAUCAAAAGAUAUUUCUGCCAGUCGAAAAGAAAAAAUGCUUAACAAAAAUGAGAGCAGUGUAUGUAGCAAUGAAGAAGUUUACGAUACAUUGAAUUUGAUUGAAAAUGAUCCACAGCAAAAGCCAACGAUGCCUUCCGUUGCAUUGAUUAAAGAAGCACUUCGUAUAAUGCAGUGUGCAGCAGUUCAAAUGCAUUGUUUAUACGAUAAGCAUUUGAACGAAACGAUAAAAAUGAUAUUGAAACAAAACUGUCGCACUAUUCUAAUCAUACAUGAUGGACGUCACUGGUUAACAGUGUCAAAUUUCAAAUCGUUUCGUAAUUUUUCGAUAAUGGACAUAAAUUAUCAAGGAAUAACAAAGCAAUUAUUUCAGUUAUUAUCAACGUAUAUUAAUGCUAAAGCCUACGGCUACACUUAUUAUACAUUUGAAGUAGAACCGGUUCUGCAACAUACGAUUGAAAAUGAUGCUGAUGCAUAUAUAGCAGUAGCCUACGGAAUAUUAUCGUUGUUGAAGUUUGGAGAUACCAACAAGAAUAUUUUCUCAUACGGUUUUCAAUUAGAUGAAGUAAAAUCGUUCAUUAAUCAAAUGGAAAGAAAUACGCGUUUCGAACGGUUACCGAGUUGUAAUCAAUUGAUUUGUGAUCAAGAUCGAUGUAGAAAUGCGCUUUAUUUAAUUCGAUUACGUUGUGAUUGUCGUAUUUCUAUACUAACUGAUACAACAGACUACUAUGUUUGUAACAAAGACAAUUGUUAUCAGCGGAUACAUAUUUGUUGUAUGGAUCAGCACAACAAGUUUCAUCAUACAAAAGCACCAACACGAUUAUUGAAAUCGUUGGGACUAGACAUUGUUGAUUUUGAUAACAAAAACAGCUUGAACGAAAAUUUGGAUGUGGAAGAAGAAUUACAGACUUAUAGUGAAAUGAAUCCACAAAGUACAAUUAAAUCACGAGGCAUACUAUCGAACAUUACAAACAAAAAUGAUGGAACCGAUUCAAAUAUUGAUUUAUUAGCAAAAAAACUGAAACCACUAAAAAACAAAGAUAUAUCGGCAGCGGAUACGCGGUGCAGAAGUACAAUCGAAAUAGUUACGCGACCAACAAAUUGGUGUCUUCAAUGUGAACUCGGUCAAACAAUGAAUGAUAUUCGUUCGCCUUUCAAUGGUUACGUUAAUCCAACUCGUUUAAUCAACAGAUUGCAUUAUAUUGAUGACCAAUACGUUGUUGGCGUACAACAAGAUGCGGAAGAAUUUUUAACACAGGCAUUUAACACAAUGGAUGAAUGCACAGUAUCAUGUAGAUUUUGUUAUAGUCGUUACCAAAAAAUUAUACGAGAAAAUAAAGAUUCAUUCUAUUGGCCGUCACUCAUAUCAUACGAUUACGUCUUACAAAAUGAAAAUACUUCAGAAUCGUCAUUAUCAUCCACUUGUACACGAUAUAAACUGUAUGGAAUUAUUAUGCAUCAAGGAGAAUCAGUAGCAAAUGGACACUACUAUUCAUAUGUUAAAAGUAAUAAUUCUUGGAAAUGCAUUAAUGACGAAUUGGUAACCAACGUUAACUUAUUCGAUGUUUUAAAUGCUGAUAAAUCCGUUGAUGAUCGUACUGGUAAAGCAGGCUCAAAUGCUUAUAUUCUGUGCUACGAACAAGAUUGUGACAAUAUUAUGGAACCAAAUUUUCUCGAAAAUGAUAUUAUCAGUAUAGAAGAUAAUAUAAUUGAUGAUACUGUUCGUGAACCUCGUACGGUAACAAGUCUUCCUGAAGAAAUAAUAAAAGAAUCAGAAUCUGAUGAUUCGGAUGACUCGGACUGUGCGACGAAAAGAAUUCACAUAAACCGAAUGUCAAAUCUGAAUGAUCAUGAACAUGAUUAUGCCACUUUACGUCGUUAUGGAUCCCUAUUAACAAGAGAGACUGGCUCGAAUCUACUCGGUGUCGAUCUCUCUCAUUCUUUCAAACGUGCAAUAGCUAAGUGUCAUGAUCUGAAAAUUGAACAAGCUGAUUUGAAAGUAAUCGAACAAAAAAAAGUGAUGCAUGAUGCUGGUCAAAAAAGAUCUAAACACGAUGCUCGCGAUUUUACAAUUUCAAACAUUAUGGUAAAAUAUAUAAAGAAAAUUAAUCCCUAUUGUAGUAUUCGAAUCAAAGAAAAUCGAUUUUCUCAAGCUCGCGUCCGGAAUACUGGUAACGUAUUGCUGAAGAGUACCGGAAAGUGUGCUUUUCAGCCUACAUGUCCAUUUAAAUUCAAUGCCAGACUUCAAAAAACCGGUGAUUUGUCUAUUAAAUGCGAAGGAUCAAUUAUUCACUCAGGUGGUUCAUUCAAAUCAAGACCAAUACGUGAAGAUGAAAAAAAAUUACUGCAUGAUGAAUUAGCUAUGGGUGUUAGCUCUACCGGACUCUUUGAACGAAAACUGUUAUCAGUGCCAAACGAUGUGUUAAAUGCAAGAAAUCUGGACGGUGUCGGCACAUCAGCGAAUCUAUAUCAAAAAAUAGCUGCAUUCGAUAAAAAAGAAAGCAUUUGCAACUGCAUUCAGCGACUUGGAAAUUUAAAAAGAAAAUACGAAAAAGAGUUGAUGCCGAAUGACCAAGUGCCAGGGAUCAUUCAAGUAAUAAGCCAUGAACCAUGUUUGGUUAUAUGCGUUAAUGCAACCGCGCUUUUGGUUUGGGAUAAAAUUGAUGCCGAAAGUGAGAUUAGUUGGGAUGCCACGGGCAGCAUCAUUCAAGCCAAUGAUAUUCAAAAACGAAUGUUGUACUACGAAAUGAGCCUGGCUCACCCAGUUAAAGGCGGAACUAUCAUACCAAUAACGUUUAUGAUUUCAGAAGCUCAUGAUGUUGUCACAAUUCUUUACUGGCUUGGAAAAAUGAAAAGUUUAUAUGGAAAAAAAUUUGGGUAUGAUAAAGAUUUUCCGUCCCCUAGAUAUUUGUUGAAUGAUAGGGCACAAGUAUUGAUCCAAGCCGGAUUACAAUUUUUUACUAAAGAAGAUUUUAAAACUUUUAAUGAAAGGUGCUAUCGUAUUUUGAAUGGAACAUUUAUGAGUGAAGAUAUUAGAAAGACAAUCCCGCAUGCCUGUUGUGCACACAUCAUGCGUGAUUUCAAAAUAUUGGUUCGAAUGUGUAAAAUCCCAGAUGAUGAAGUUAAACGUGUAAUGUUCUACUGCUCAUUAUUACUGAAUUCAUUUACCUAUAUUAAUCUUAAAAAUAACUAUCUUUUAUUUUGUGGAUAUUUUCUGUUUUCACGUGACACACCUCAAUGGAGAACGACAACCGAAGCGUUAACAAAUGGAGUACGUGAGCUCAUCAAAACAAAUAUGCUCGACACUAACGCACUGAUUAUGGAUGAGCAAUUUUUUAAUUUUCGAACACAAGAUCAAUAUGACAUUGAUAAUAUUGAUUUUGUUUCAUCGGAUUCAAAUUUGAAGAAAAAACCACAAGGCGAAAAAAUGUGUACCUGGCUAAGUGAAGAAGCUGCAUUAAAUGAGUUUGAAUCAUCGAUUAAAACAGAUAUGACAAAAAUUUUCAGUGGCGUUUGUCGGACUGCCAAUAAAGAACGAUUGUCAAUACUGAAAACAAAAAAGGGCAAGAAAGCUGAGAAAGAUGACAGUGAAGUCGAACCAGAAUUGAAUUCGUAUGAACGUUUCAUUUGUCGAUUCAACAAACUCUAUGUCGCAACUGUGCACUUAUGGUCAAAUAUACUCUUAGGAGAUUUACAACGGUAUCGUGAAGGUUCAUCAAUAAAUGAAAGUGAUAUUGUCGAUAAAAUACAACGUACCACCGGCUCAAGUGAAAAAAGAAUGUGGCAUUACCAAAAACCAAAGGAAGUAGAUUUAAAACAAAUGGAAAAUAUUUUCCUCAAACCAGAAUUACCAAUGUAUGCUAAUGAAAAGCAAUUAACAGCAUGGAAAAACAAUAAAAAUCAAAACACGUUCGCAAAUGCCCUGUUACAAUCAAUUGUCUAUUCACGUCAUUUACAAGUUGAUAUUUCUCAAAACGAAUCUCGUUUGUCUAAUCAUCAUAACGCGUUACGUACAUUGUUACUUGAAGCCAUCAAGGGGAAGAAAAAACUCACAGAAAAGAAUAUUGAUACCGUACUACAAUAUGUGACGAACGAAGUAAUCAAAAAUGAUGCUUUACUAACAUCUGGAAGUAGUCAAAACUGUGCAAGAAUAAUCAAAAUGCCAGCAUUAAAAUUUCUCAAAGAAUGUGUGUACCCAAUUUUAGGUACCAAUGUAACCGUUGCAUCAUUAUUUCGACUAGUUUGUCAAUCUUGUGAACAUGAAUCAAACAUGUUGAUAUUUCAUGACAUAAUUGUAUUACAAUGGAAAAAUGCGUACAACACAGAAAAAGUAAUAGAACAGAUGCUAUUGUCCUGUAAUAAUAAUGAUCCAUGCACCAGGUGCGAUCGAAAUGAUUUACUAAAAGUUCUAUCCUUACGUAUCACAUAUUGCCCACAAGUGUUUUUUGUCUACAAACAACAAAAUUCACAGCAAGAAAACGUUUCAUAUGUGGAAAUGAUCAAUUUCAAGAAUUUUUUGGAUGAGGAUAUCGUAACUGUACAAUAUUACUCGUUGUAUCGUCUAGCAUCAUGUGUAUAUAUGAAAGCCCUCGAUGAAUACGGCGCCAUGUUUUAUUGUAAUGAUAAGAAGUAUCAUUGUAUAGAAAGAAACAACAUGUUUGUGUUGGACAAGAGAAAUAUUAAACAGUAUUUACAAUCGUCGUUAUUCAUUAUAUAUCAGAAAGUGAAUGUAGAGGGGGUCGAUUUUACGAAUGCGAUUCUGGCUAUUCUCGACGAACGGAGUUUGUUAGAUUUGAAUCGACAUCGGGAUUACAGUUUUAAUGAAUUCGUUGUAACAAUCAAACGAUUAUAUCCGAAAAUAGCUAAUGAUUUAACAUUGAAGGUCUCUGUGGUUUUUGACUGUUCAUAUUGUGAUGAAACGAAUUGCAUUCAUGAUUGUGAAAAUAUCUUUUUAUUGAAAGAAGUUUACACUCAUGAUUUGCAAUUAUUAAAAGUUCGAACGAAUAAUGAGUGUUCAAAAUGUCACAAAACUGGCAAAGAUUUAUGUAUUAAACCUAACAGUUUUGACAUUGAAUCUUUACCUCCGACGUAUAUGUUUUGCAUGUCACAAGCAGCAACAUGUUUCAAAAAUGUUUUAACAACAGUGGACGACACUGUUACUGUCUAUUAUGAGCCGAUUGGGCAACUUUUAAUUACGAAUGAAGCCGAUCGGAUACAAAUCAUUAAAAAAGUAGAAGGUACAAAUCAAUGGGUUUAUACAGAAACAAAUCCAUAUGAUGUUACACUUUAUGCUGCUGAGGAGUUCCUGAAAUUCAACAUUAACAAUGCUAGUACUAUUAUCACGGUACUACGUCUUUCAGAUUCAAAAAAAGAAGUAAUAUCACCACGAAAAGCGUGGAAAGAUGUUGAGUGA